AUGUCUUUUUUAUCAUUGGUUUCCGAGGAUGAAAUAGGUGGUUCUAACAUAAACAUUUAUUUUCCUUUACAGGCUGUAACAAAGAUGGUACAGGAAUGUUAUACAUAUGUUGAUGCUAUGAGUGACCUGUCAAUCAAACUCCGACUCAUUGACACGCUACGCACCGUCACUGCUGGAAAGAUAUAUGUGGAGAUUGAGCGUGCUAGGCUGACUAAAACAUUGGCCCAAAUCAAAGAGCAAAAUGGAGAUGUGAAAGAGGCUGCAUCCAUUCUGCAGGAACUGCAGGUGGAGACAUAUGGAUCAAUGGAGAAGAAGGAGAAGGCUGAGUUCAUUCUGGAGCAGAUGAGGCUGUGCAUUGCUGUCAAGGACUACAUUAGAACACAGAUCAUUAGCAAAAAGAUCAACACUAAAUUCUUCCAGGAGGAGGGCUCUGAGGAUUUGAAACUGAAAUAUUACAAUCUGAUGAUUCAAGUUGAUCAGCACGAGGGCUCCUACCUGUCCAUAUGUAAACAUUACAGAGCCAUAUAUGACACUCCCUGUAUCCUGGAAGAUGCCUCCAAAUGGCAGCAGGCUCUGAAGAGUGUGGUGCUCUAUGUGAUUUUGGCACCCUAUGACAAUGAACAGUCUGAUUUAGUUCAUAGAAUCAGCAUCGACAAAAAACUAGAGGAAAUACCCAAAUACAGGGAUCUCCUGAAACAAUUCACAACCAUGGAGCUGAUGCGCUGGUCAUCUGUGGUGGAGGAUUAUGGAAAGGAACUGAGGGAGGGUUCCAUGGAAACUCCGGACACUGAUGUCUUCACCUACUCCGAAGAGGGAGAAAAGAGAUGGAAAGAUCUGAAAAACAGAGUGGUAGAACAUAACAUCAGAAUAAUGGCGAAGUAUUACACAAGCAUCACAAUGGGGAGAAUGGCAGCACUGCUUGACCUCACUAUUGAUGAAUCAGAAGAGUUCUUAUCUAACCUGGUGGUCAAUAAAACCAUCUAUGCAAAAGUAGACCGCCUCGCUGGUAUCAUUAAUUUCCAGCGGCCUAAGGACCCUAACGAUCUUCUGAAUGACUGGUCUCAAAAACUGAACUCUCUCAUGUCUCUGGUCAACAAAACUACUCAUCUCAUUGCCAAGGAAGAGAUGAUCCACAACCUCCAGUAGUGCCUGUCAGGGAGUCCUUGGUACAUUUCCCCCCCCCCUUUUUUCACCUUGAAACAUUUGAUUAAACGAAUGUUAAAUCAACUUUUGUUGUUAAUGCUUCUGUUUAAAUUCUGUUGUUGACAAUGAUGUGGCCUGCACUCAGACUGAGAACAAUGUGAGUCUGUGGUUUCCAUGACAAAUUUUACACUGCACUUAAGAUUUUCUUGUAUGUUUUGUGUUUGUGACCUCUGGCUGUAGUUGAUGUCCAGAAAAAUAUCACUCUAAACUCCACAUGAAGCCUCCCAACGUCAGUGACACCCCACCCCCCUUUGUAUUAAGUAAAUGCCUUGUAUUACAUUUAAACAUUAUAGGAAAAAAAUAAUCAUAAUAAUAUUGGUAUUCAGAUGUUGCUCCAGCAUCCACAUUAAACUUUUUUGGAAAUAA